GCUCAAACGGUCAUUCAAUUGCAGCUGCCAAAGUAAGACUGUAGCUAUAGCGUUGGUCAGUUGGAAUAGUGCGGUCGAGGCGUCGAGAUUUUUAGAGAUCAUGAACGCCAAGACGUUUGAUACAGCCUCGCUUUUGUCUGCCACUCGUGUCAAGUCUUCGUCCCAAGAGGGCAGUGGCCCCAGUUCAGGGGCCACUCUUACGGCGGCUUGUAUCAAUGUUCCGUCCACAUCCUCUGCCUUGGCUUAUGCUGGGCGACUACGGGUAUUCACGAAUCCGGACGAUCAUCCUGACCAAGACGAGGAUAGCCAACACCAUCAUCAUCACCUUCAUCAUCAUGAUCAUCACAGUGAUGAUGACAACGACGAUGACAACGUGUCGCUGAAGAUUUCCGUGAGCAGCUUUCGCCAUGACAGUGAGCACAACAUCGAGUCCAGUCCGAUUUUAAAUCUACGCGACAUCUGCGACCGAGCUAAAAGUCAGCAUGGGGUGGAUUUUGCCCGCCGCCGAGCCAGUCAUUCCGAGAGCGGCGAGGCCGAUGAGGCGGGUAACUACACGUGUCACAUUUGCCAAUUCGUGACCAGUUCACGUGAGGAGUACAACGACCACGUGAAUGGACACUUUGAGUUCCGUUGUCCCAAAUGUCCCUUUGUCACGAAGCAAGAGGAGGAACAUCGGGAGCAUCUCAAGGUGGAACACCAGACCACACCGGAAGAUAUUGAGAACGAACAAGGCGUGCGGGUGCCCAAGGUCAAUGCUCAAGGCAAGCUCAAGACAUUCAAAUGUAAGCAAUGCCAGUUCGUGUCAGUCACGAAAGAGGAGUUUUGGCAACACACGCGAACCCAUAUCAAACCUGAGAAGAUGCUCACUUGCCCCAAAUGUCCGUUCGUGACGGAGUACAAGCACCAUUUAGAUUACCAUCUCCGCAAUCAUUUCGGCUCGAAGCCUUUCAAAUGCCCGAGCUGCUCGUAUUCCUGUGUCAACAAGUCCAUGCUCAAUUCGCACAUGAAAUCCCAUACGACCAUCUAUCAGUAUCGAUGCUCGGAUUGCAACUAUGCUACGAAAUAUUGCCACAGUCUUAAGCUCCACCUGCGAAAGUACCUGCACAAACCGGCGAUGGUUCUGAAUCCAGAUGGAACGCCUAAUCCAUUGCCCAUCAUUGACGUCUAUGGCACCAGACGUGGGCCGAAAAUCAAAAAAGACGAAUCCGCCAAUGGCCUCUUGGCUUCCCUUCACCAGAGCGCAUCUGGAUUGGCAGGCGCCGUUGGAUCAACCGGCGACUCUGAGAGUGAGACCACCACGAGAAAGUGUGACCUCUGUCAGUUUCAGACUGCCUCGGAAGAGGUGUUUACCAAUCAUAUGAGUCUUCACGGAGAUAUCAGGCAGUCGGACGAUGAGGGAGGUCCAUUUGAGAGUCGUGAAUCGAGGUCUCCGCCUUUAUCCGUGGCUUCGGAGCCGUCCCCAUCGCAUUUCUUGCCUCUCGCUCGAGACAUGCGGCUGGUGACUGCUCCUGAUUCUCCGGCUACGGCCACAUCUCAGCAUCUUCAUCACUCUCGACCCCAUCCCCAUCCCGAAAUACCCACUCUACCUCCAUCUGAUUGGGAUUUGACGCAAUUUUCCGCUCUAUCCAAGGCCGGAAGUCUCCUACCUCGCCUCUAUUUUGAGAACAUGCUCUCGAACCUACGACGAACGAACCCACUGUUAGACCUAAAUUUGAGCCUACCCACCUCACGAGCAUCCGAGAGCGAUGCCGAGCAACACGAACAUGUCUCCAAUCUGGAGGACCCGUCCUUCAAGAGACGUCGCAAGGGUAAAGCCACCAAGAUAGAACGUGUCCAACAGCAACAACAACAGCAGCAACAGCAACAGCAGCAACAACAACAACAGCAACAGGAUUCGUCUUCUUGCGCUUCGGAAGCGGCGCUCUCUACGUCAGACGACGGGCCAGAUCGAGCCAAUUGCAAUUUUUGCGAUCUCUCUUUCGGAGACUCGCGCAUGUUCGAGAUUCACAUGAAGUUUCAUGCCUCCGCUGAGAAUCCAUUUACAUGCGGCCUUUGUGGCGAGGAAUGCGGGAAUAAAGUGCUCUUCUUCGUUCACACGGCCUCAGCUCAGCACGAGAACAUUGGACGGAAUUUCGAUUCCUUUUGAUUAAACAAAAUGAUCGAGGUGAGUGAGCUGGGAGAGCGUAGAACAAAUCUUUCUAGCUCGUACUUGAUACUUGAAUCAAUCAUUUGCAUACGAACGUUUAAUAUAUACACACACAAACAAUCAACUGAA